AUGGCCUCGCCCCAGUCGUCGCUGCGCCGAAGAGGCAGAGGUUCCAUUUCUGAAUCCUCGGGCCAUGCUAGAACGGAGUCCGACGGCUUCGGAUCCUUCGUCGAUGCCUCGACCGCCUUCCCCUCCAGCUUCGAUCCUGGGCUUUCUGAGCCUCUGGAAUACCAAGCAGCUUCAUCAUCGGUGUCGCUAAGCUCGCCGACCCGCACGAGAGCCGCCUCACCUUCGCCACGUCCGCAAGGUGCUGUAGGGGAGGAUCAGGACGAAUGGGCGGAGGCAGAUCUGGUUGCCAGCUUCUCACCAGAAGAACCGAACAAGUCGAUAUUGAGUAGCCAUUCUGCAGCUCAAAAGAGGCUUCCGUCUUCUUCUGCCGUAUCUACGCCCGCCAGCCGACCAGCAGCUGGACGCAAAGUCAGCGGAACAGGCGCCUCCUCUGAAUGGGCCGACUGGAGCUCCUUUUUAGCUGCGCACACUCUGCCUACUCAACGAUCGCAGACGAACCCUUCGCAGCCGUCGUCUUCGGCCAAGCCGACAGCGUCGGUGACAAACACGACAAAUCCUGCAGACGACGCCUUCUUCGACGCUUUUGAAGUCGCGACCAAUCCCAACCGAGCUCCCUCACCUCCCAUCAUCGACCUUCGCGGCGUGGAAAAGCAGCUCGAGCAAAAGAAGCAGCAGCAGCAAAAGAAGAACGCGCCGGCUUCAUCGACCGACGAUGACUUCUUUUCCCGUUUCGAGCGGGCACCACAAGCAGCUCUGGGUCGAAGCAGUCCUCUGGUGCUCGAGCCGGAACAACUCGAAAGCAUGCACGACGCACGUACCAGUCCCAUGCCCGCGUCAUCAUCUGCGCCCAAAAACACGGAUUCGUACUUUGGACUCGCAGCCCAGCCACAGCCGAUCAACAACGGCGCUCGAUUACAAGCUCACAGGGAUGCAGGUCCGGGAUCACUCUCACCCACCUCGCCGUCGAGCUGGACCGGUAGUUUGAGGAAGACGUGGACGACGCUUCGUGGGAUCCAGAACGAGAUCGCCAAUCACCUGCCUAGCGCGAGUGACUUUAUCGUGCCGGAAGAGGAAAUCGAGGGCGGUCGGAGUGCGGCUGACCACGGCGUGGCGGACUCAAAUCCUGGUGGCGGCUUGUUGAUCGCCAGUGAUGCCCCCAAGGUUGAUCCAGACGAGCACGGGCAUGAGAUGACUGGUAGACGAUCCUCAGCCUCCGAUGGACGAGCAAGUGGAACCCUUCCGCACGCAUCAGAUUACAGUCAAAAGACGCCGUUUGGUUCAUCUUCAACAACUUCCGCGUCAGGCUUCUCCUCUGGCGCAGCAGCACCUUCCUCCAGCUCUUCUAGCUCAGCACCGCUGCGGGCGCGAGAUCUGUUCGCCUCUUCGAGUUCAGCCGCGCUCGGUGCAGCCGGUGGUGCGUCAUCGUCGUCGUCGUCCAUGAAUGCUUCGGGAACGCUCCGUCGCGGUCCCACGCACUCGGCCACCGCACCCAUCUCUGGCGCACCUGGUUUCGACACGGCCUCGACACGCAAGUGGAACACUGGGCACUGGACGCUCGACGAGAAGCAAAAGCGUUCCAUCCCAGUCACCCUCUCCAAUCGUCGCGAAGAGACCGAGACGGUCAUCGAGUCGUUCCACGCUUCCCGGAUCCAGGCUUUGCUUCCACCGAGAUUGCAGCUCGGCAAACGAUGGAGUUUGUUGUAUUCUCUCGAUCAGCACGGCAUCUCGCUGCAGACGCUGUAUCAUCGUGUUGCAGCUGGACUGGAUCCGAUGAAAGUGGGUCGGAGCGUGUCGGGCAAUCAAGCGGGCAAGGCAGGUGAAGAGGAUGGACAGGCAGAAGGGUGGUUGAGAGGCGCAUCGAGGGAGACGCAACAGGCGAUGGGCACACGUGGUCAAACCGCGGGGAGGAGGAUGUACGUCGGUGGCGGGCUCAACAGCAUCUCGGAUGCCGGACUGGUGAUUGCCAUCAAGGAUGGGGAUGACAACGUUUUUGGUGCGUUUGUCAACGAAAAGCUGCGACCGCAGCAGCAUUACUACGGGUCCGGAGAGUGUUUUCUCUGGAAGACGACGGCUGCGCCGAGCAAGGAAGAGGACAGGGGGGUGGAGAGGUACAAGUGGACGGGGAAGAACGACUACAUGGUCUUGUCCGAGUCGACGUUCCUCAGUGUGGGCGGUGGGGAGGGCAAGUUUGGACUGUGGAUUGAUGGUGCGCUGGAGAAGGGUGUGAGCUCGUGCUGCCCAGCGUUUGAUAACGAAAUCCUGUGCGAUGGGAAAGGGAGGGACGCGGGGAGGAAGGAGGGGGAAGCAAGGUUCGAGUGCUACGGCCUCGAGGUUUGGGCCGUCGGCAUGGAUUAG